CACCUAUUCAUUUCUAUUUUAUUUAUUCUAGUGAACUCUCUGAAAUAGAUUUUGCACAACAAUUCGAUUCUCUUGGAAUAUUACGGUAAAGUUUCAUUCUUACACUUUUUAUGUUACUCAUUACUUUGAUAUCUAGGGAGAAGACACAACAGUUAGUAGAUUGUAAAGCCAGUUUACUACAAACAAAUGAAUUACUAGAAAGCAAAACGAAUAUGUUGGAAGAACUGACAGCACAACGACAUAAACGACUAAAGGAAAAACGACUACUUUUGACGAUGAUCCAAGAAGUACAACGCGAUAUUGAAAGUAUCACUGAAUUGGAAGAUUCUCUUGGACGUGAAUGUGCAGAUCUACAGAAAAAUGCUCAACGAUUACGAGACGAAGAGUAUGAACCAUUACAUGAAAAAGUCAAUAAAAUGCGACAAGAUAAAGGACUCAAUAGGAUACCACAUAUGCAACAGGAUAUAGAAGCUCAAAUGGCAAGAAAAUUAAAGGAACGAAGGGAAAAUUGGCAACAAGGUACACCAUCCUCAUCUCGAUCACCGGAUGGUCUUGAUGAUCUAUCUCAUCGCAGCUCACAUUCUACAGACGCAUUGGACCGUUCAAGAAACAUCUCUCGAGGACGUGGCCGACCAAAGAGAUCAAGAUGAUGAUUUCUUUUUUUAAUAUAAUUCCUUUCCAACUUAGUUUACUACUCUCUAUCAAGCAUUUGUUAGUCUUCAUUAUUCAUCAUACCAUGAUUAUAUCUACCAUAGUUUUAUUUUUUUUUUACUGUUAUUUUGUUUGAAAUAAAGUGACACAAAGUUU